AUCAUCUCCUCUUUCCUUUUUCCACAGAAACGCGUCUUCCAAUAUUCCUGGGAUGUAAAUACGGCACCUCGGCGGUCGGCCUGCAUCAUGCAUCAGCGCUAGCGCUAGCGCUGGAGAUACCAUCAAGUUUACACGCUAAGUCUUCGCACUUACCAACGUUUGCUAGGCUAACCCAUGGACAGCCUCAUAUUGCAUGCGAUGACCAGACGGGUACAUGAACUGCGAGACACGGUGAAGUUUAUUCUAAACUCAUAUGAUCGUGUUAACGGGACAUUGCUGACCCCAAGCUCGCGCUGGGCGGUUCGAGGGCGUUAUAUCCCUGUUUGCAGGCGUGGAGUCGUUAUUGCGGUCGCAAACAGCUCGUAUGCGCAGAUAUACUGGGAGUGGGAGAGGCAUGACAAGAAAGUUCAGCAAGUGCUCGUGGUCACGGUACCGGAUGUGGACUUCGAAUAUCACGUCGUCGUCUUCGACUCUUAGGACGCUUGAUCAGCCGGCAACAUGGACCCCGGGUCUAGCGGUGAACACAGCGAUCAUCAUAUAUUGGCUGUCCUACACGAGCGGACACUCUAGUUCGCAGAACUCACUUGAACGCCACCAUUGCCAAGCCGUUCUUAUGGCACUGACCGACCAAACAGUUAAAGCGGUUGCGUUGGCGCUCCCUAUUCUCUCCAUCAUCGUUACUAUAUGUCGCCUCACUAUCCGCGCUCUAGGUAGGCGGCUAUGGUGGGAUGAUGCUGCGAUAGCCUUCGCCAUGGUUAUUCAGUUCCUUCAAAUCAUAUUCACUGAGAUUCGAUACGAACCUCAGGAUCACUCCAACGGUUUGAUGGUCGCUGCGUACUACAUGGCUGCCGAAUCGUUCUACGGAGUUAUCUGGUUCUCGAGGAUAUCCAUCAUGCUUACUGUUGUGCGAAUCUCAGUGGCUAAGACUGAACGUCGUGUUCUCCUCGGAAUUGCCAGUGCAUUCAGUAUCGUCUUGACUGCCUUGGUGUUUCAAGUGGUUGGGGAAUGCGAGCGCAACACAGCUUGGAAGCAGGCUUUGGUUCCCCAGUGCAACCUUGGGGAAGACGUCGCUAUUGCGCAGACUAUCACUAUUGUGAUCUCGGAUUUCCUUUUGGUUGUCACGCCUAUACGUAUGGUUUACAGAGUCAAUCUUCCAACCUCUCAGAAAAUUCGCCUCAUUGCCGUAUUCAUGUCUACGUCCAUCACUACCGCUGUCAGCUUGGUGCACAUAUACUAUCUCUUGAAAUAUGGGGGAGUCGACGAGAUCUUCGCCGCAGUCGUAGAGAUGUCGAUCACGCUCAUAGUUGCCAGCUUAAGCGUGCUUGUGGCGUUCUGUUCUCGCAUCGGGACCGACAACCAGAAUUCGUCGAGUUCGGGCUCCAGAUCGAUCGUCACAUUUGGUUCCAUUCCUAUCCGCCCCACCAGGCGAAGGCGGCCGCAUGAUCCACUGACCCCUGUUAUCGACAUAGGUGUCGAGUAUACUAUGGAGACGUUCUCGGAGCACCAGGUCAAACUUCCACAGGAGGGCUACUCGCAGCGGUUAUCUGAAGGAGUUUCAGAUGCCAAAGUUUCUGAGGUGUAG